AUCAAAAGUUAGGUUAUGUGUGUGAUAUUUUUUGUAAAUUCCUGCGUGAAUCAUUUUUUUUAGCAAAACUGCGGUGGAUUGUGGGCUAAACAACCUGAAGACGCGGACUUUGCCCUCCUCGACCCAGUCUCACGACGAUUGUGAUAUUUGCCCCGUGACUUGUGAAAUAGUGCUGAUGAAUAAAAUUCACCUGCACGACCGUGAGCUGCGGGACUUUCUGUGAAAUGCUCUUGUAGUGAAGAUCGCGUGAAGUGCUGGACUUUGAGGGAGAAAGGAAUUUGUGGACUCUGAAAGAAGCUGCAGAGGUAAUAUAAUUUUCUGCUUAGCUCAUUCGGAAAUGGUGUGAGGUACAAAUCGGUUGCAUGAGUGAUAGGAGUGAUAAAAAUUGGAGUAUUUCGCGUACAGGCUAUUGGAGGAAUUUGGCCAGCUGAUAAGGAGGGCACAGAGAUAGAGGUGUGGCGGGUUGUGGGUGUCAAGAAUAUUGCAUUGGCACGAAGAAUGGCAACAUCGGUGGAACCCCAAACUGCUCUGACGAACGGUGUACCUGAGCGGGAGGUUGAGGAGUUCACGUUUAACGUUCCAUGGGGGAAUGUUGCUGGAAAGUGGUGGGGCCCACGGAAUACUCGACCAAUUGUCUGCAUUCAUGGAUGGCAGGACAAUGCGGGUUCCUUUGAUACACUCAUCCCGCAACUUCCAACUGAAUACAGCUACUUGGCACUCGAUCUCCCAGGGCAUGGAUACUCUUCUAGGCUACCACAUGGAAUCUUCUACAGUUGGCUCGACAUCAGCCUCUGUCUCCGUUUGCUGGCUGAUCAGGAAAAAUGGGAUAAGAUCUCACUUCUCGGACACUCCAUGAGCUCACUCAUUGGCUUUAGCUACAGCUCUACUUUCCCUGACAAAGUAGACCUAAUGAUUGGCAUUGAUGCUCUAAAACCUCACGUGCGCCCUGCUGAGAAGUACGCCCCAAUGAUUGAGAGAGGUUUCGAGGCCUUCCUCAAGGCCAAUCAGCAAAAUGAGGAGGGAUCCGAACCACCAAGCUACACCUACGACGACAUCCUCGAGCGCCUCCACAAAGGAACCAAUGGAUCCGUGACUAAGGAAGCCUGUCCGUAUCUCCUCAAGCGCGCCAUUGCUAAAUCCAAAGAUGAUCCCGAAAAGUACUUCUACACACGCGACAACCGCCUCAAAGGCUUCAACUUCGUGACACUAUCCCAAGAGAUUGCCAUUGAGAUGACAAAGAGAAUAAAGUGCCCGUAUAUGUUUGUUAAAUGCACAAAUUCCGUCUACUACGAGGACAAGAAGUACGUUGAUGAGAUCAUCGAAGUUUUCCGGGAGAAUAAUCCAAAUUUUGAGUAUCACACCAUUCAAGGGAAGCACCAUGCGCAUCUCAAUGAACCCCACAAAUUUACGGAUAUUCUCACAGCUUUCAUCCGGAAGCAUCGCAAGCCGUAGAACAAUGAAAUCUUAUAGUUCUUUUUCCAAUUCUUAGUUAAAAAAUAAUAUAUUCUUUCAAAUUGUUCUUAAAUUAACAAAGUGAUUCCACUCUCCCAGCAAUAAUUUAUUCUUUUUUUGCAACUUUUUCUUGCAAUAAAAGUUGCAGCAAAAACUCAAAUAAACUCACGCAUAAAAUGUAUUUUUUUAGCAAAUAAAUCUGUGUUCGUUUCCAAGGGAA